CAUACCUGUACAGUGCUGAGUUCGGGGCCUCAUCAAUGAUCAACAUAAAAGCUCACGGAUAGUCCUAGGCGUCCUCAUGGAGUUCUCUGUGAUCCACAUGAAAAGUCAAGCAAGUCACUACAGGUUUUAUGUUGGGCUGCUACUGGCUCUCUCUUCCAGCAUCUUUAUUGGGGGAAGUUUCAUUCUUAAGAAAAAAGGUCUGCUUAAAUUAUGUGGCCAUGGACAGCUCAGGGCAGGUCAAGGAGGUCAUGCAUACCUGAAAGAGUGGCUUUGGUGGGCUGGUUUGUUAUCCAUGGGACUUGGGGAAGCUGCCAACUUUACUGCUUACAUCUUUGCCCCAGCAACAUUGGUGACUCCGCUUGGAGGACUGAGUGUGUUGGUAAGUGCUGUGCUAUCCUCUUAUUUCCUAAAUGAGAGGCUAACCUUCCCUGGCAAGGCAGGCUGUGUGUUAAGUUUUUUUGGUUCCACUGUGAUGGUUCUUCACGCCCCACAAGAGGAGGAUAUAUCUACACUAGGAGAUAUGGAACAAAUACUCAAAAAGCCAGGCUUUGUGGCAUAUGCUGCAUGCGUGGUCCUAUUAUCUCUCGCACUAGCUACAUUGGCUGCACCUCGUUGGGGUCACACGAAUGUGCUCGUAUACGUGAUGAUAUGCUCGCUAUUAGGCUCACUGUCUGUGGCGUGUGUGAAGGGUCUGGGUAUCGCCAUCAGGGGCCUGUUCUCAGGAAUAGCAGUGUACAAGGAUCCCCUUGGAUGGCUCCUCCUCCUUUGCUUAUGCAUCUGCAUAUCUGUGCAGAUUCACUAUCUCAACAGGGCAUUGGACAUAUUUACAGCCUCCCUGGUGACCCCAAUUUAUUACGUCUUGUUCACCUCUUCAGUACUUGCAUGCUCCGCUAUUCUGUUUGAAGAAUGGCGCCACCUCAGUGGGGGAAGUGUGGUGGGGGCAGUCAGUGGCUUUACCACAAUUGUUCUAGGGGUUUUCUUGCUACAUGCUUAUCGCGAUUUUCCCCUACCUCUUGCACUGCUCCCAACCUAUUUAAACAAGGGAGCUAAAAAGAGAAAUUCUGUCCCUGAAGGUCCCUCUUCUCUAGAGGGGGUGCGAUGGAGAAGUGCUGCUUCCAUUCCAGGAAACCAUCUUCAUGGGUAAGGACCAUCCUUAUAGAGAGCUACUUAACAGACACCCAAAUGCUCUUUGAAAGACUAUACACCAUUGUCGGCAUACACCAACUGUUAUUGCCGUACCACAUUUUUUGGAUGGAUUCUAAUAAUUUGACAUCACUAUUGACAAUUUUUUUAUUUUUUUAUAUUUACAGACAGUGGGACAAGUCCUCAUAAGGGCAUGUACAGAUUUGUGAUUAGACAAAGGUGAAUUUCGUCAUGUUUUCUAAACAUAACCCACAGCUAGUUAACAUUUAUCUGAACAGUUUAGCCAAUUCCUAUGUGGUAAUCUGAGCAGUAUACGGACACUGGAGGUCAUUCGGAUCUGAUCGCAGCAGCAAAUUUGUUAGCUAAUUGGCAAAACCAUGGGGGUCAUUCCGAGUUGAUCGCUCGCUAGCUAGUUUUAGCAGCCGUGCAAACGCUAUGCCGCCGCCCACUGGGGAGUGUAUUUUAGCUUAGCAGAAGUGCGAACGCUUGUGCAGCCGUGCUCUGCAAAAACAGUUUGUGCAGUUUCAGAGUAGCUCUGAACCUACUCAGCGCUUGCGAUCACUUCAGCCUAUUCGUGUCCGGAUUUGACGUCAUACACCCGCCCAGCCACGGCUGCGUUUUUUCAGACACGCCUGCGUUUUUGCAAACACUCCCUGAAUACACCCAGAAACGCCCCCUUCCUGUCAAUCUUCUUGCGGCCGUCAGUGCGAAGAAAAUCUUCGCUAGAACCUGUGCACAACCACAAUGGGCUAUGUAACCGUACGACACACGUGCGCAUUGUGGCCCAUACGCAUGCGCAUAAAUGCCGCUCUUUCACCUGAUCGCUGCGCUGUGAAAAUCGGCAGCGAGCGAUCAACUUGGAAUGACCCCCCAUGUGCACUGUAGGGGGAGCAUAUAUUACAUGUGCAGAGAGAGUUAGAUUUGGGUGGGGUGUGUUCAAACUGAAAUCUAAAUUGCAUAGUAAAAAUAAAGCAGCCAGUACUUACCCUGCACAGAAACAAUAUAACCCACCCAAAUUUAACUCUCUCUGCACAUGUUAUUUCUGCCCCCCCCUGCAGUGCACAUGGGCCCUCAUUCCGAGUUGUUCGCUCACUAGCUGCUUUUAGCAGCAUUGCAAACGCUGGGCCGCCGCCCUCUGGGAGUGUAUCUUAGCAUAGCAGAAUAGCGAACGAAAGAUUAGCAGAACUGCUACCAAAUAAUUCUUUGCAGUUUCUGAGUAGCUCCAGACCUACUCCUAGAUUGCGAUCAGCUCAGUCCGUUUAGUUCCUGGUUUGACAUCACAAACACGCCCUGCGUUUGUCAAGCCACUCUCCCGUUUCUCCAGACACUCCUGCGUUUUUCCCUGACAAGCCUGCGUUUUUUAGCACACUCCCGGAAAACGCUCAGUUACCACCCAGAAACGCCCCUUUCCUGUCAAUCUUCACCGAUCAGCAGUGCGACUGAAAAGCACCGCAGGAACACCAGCAAAUCUACUAAGUUUUGUGUUAAAUAACUUAGCGCAUGCGCUCUGCGUACCAUGCGCAUACGCAUUUAGCAACAAAUCGCAGCAUAGCGAAAAUCGGCAACGAGCUAACAACUCCGUUUUUCCCAUUAGCUAACAAAUUUGCUACUGCGAUCAGAUCUGAAUUAGGCCCAUUGUGUAACAUUUGCAAUUGCAAGUGAGCACUGGUAACACACCACUAUCUAGUCACAUGUCUGAACAAGUUCUUACAAUGUCAAGGCAUUAUUUUGUACAAAAUUAUCUGAAGUAUAUAAAGUGUUUUGAAAAUUUUGCGGUUCUUUAUGAGGAAGUUGUAGCAAUUUUUUGCAGAAUAAUAAAAAAAAUUGAUGUGCACCCUCA